AUGUCUGCUCGCAUAUCACAGCUAGGACGGCAAUUAUUCAACAAGAUGGGUAUCCCUACUGACAUUACGCUCUACACGGCCUCCACGCCCAAUGGCAUCAAGGUGUCUAUCCUGCUUGAGGAGCUGGGCCUGGAGUACAAGGUUCACCCCAUCGACAUGAGCGCCAAUGAGCAGAAGGAGGACUGGUUCCUGAAAAUCAACCCCAAUGGCCGCAUCCCCGCCAUCACGGACAAGUGGACCGACGGAUCGGACAUUCGCGUCUUUGAGAGCGGCGCCAUUCUGCAGUACCUCGUGGACCGCUAUGACAAGGACCACAAGGUGUCGUACCCCAAGGACUCCAAGGACACCGUGGAGGUGAAUAGCUGGCUGCACUUCCAGAUGGGUGGCCUUGGUCCUAUGCAGGGACAGGCAAACCACUUUAACCGUGAGUUUCAUCACAACGUGAGCAUCGUUGAUGGGGUUUUUGCUUACGAGGCGAGUGUAGGAUAUGCCCCUGAGAAGAUCGAGUAUGGCAUCAACCGCUACACCAACGAGACUCGCCGCCUCUACUCCGUCUUGAACACCCACCUGGCCAAGUCCACCUCUGGCUUCCUCGUCGGCGACCGCGUCACCAUUGCCGACAUUGCCUCUUGGGGAUGGGUUUCUUCUCACACCUGGGCUGGCGUCUCGCUGGACGAGUUCCCUGCCCUAGACAAGUGGCUGCACACGCUUCUCGAGCGGCCCGGUUUCGAAAAGGGUCGACAUGUGCCCACGCGGCACGUUGCGUUUGAUCUGGCCAAGCUGAGUGCUGAGGAGUUGGAGAAGAGGGCGGAGGGGACGAGGAAGUGGGUGCAGAGCGGGAUGCAGGCCGAUGCGAAGAAAUGA